AUGAAAACCGAAGUUUUCAUGAAGGAGGACAAAUAUCAUUGGUCGUCAGGCUGGAAAGAAGAGGAGUGGGGCUCUAUAGCUGCGUGUGAGGUUGAGUGGGAUGUGCCCGGCCAGCGGCAAGCACAGGGCAACAAACGCAGCGACCUGAAGCAGGAAUGCCGGGUGGGAGGAGCCUUCUUAUUUGGUGUUGAAUUUAGGUUCGUCGUACUUUGUGUCAAAAAUCACGAGUUCGGAAGUGAUUUCAGUCAUCUAUUUAUCAUGGGUGCUCACGUCUCUAGAACAGACUUCGAGUGGUCCUAUUCAGAAGAGCCUCAUGCUAGCCGCCGAAAAGAAAUAUUGGCUAAAUAUCCACAAAUUAAGAAGUUAUUUGGUUACGACCCAAAAUUCAAAUGGGUUGUCACUAGCAUGGUGAUCACCCAGUUCAUUACAAUGUAUGCUUUAAAAGAUCAGUCUUGGCCCAUGUUACUUCUUGUAGCAUAUUGUUUUGGUGGUGUUAUUAAUCACUCCUUGAUGUUAGCCAUUCAUGAAUUAUCUCAUAAUUUGGCCUUUGGACAUGCCCGGCCAUUGGCAAACCGAAUCUUUGGAAUAUUUGUAAACUUGCCUAUUGGACUACCAUUCUCUGUGAGCUUCAAGAAGUAUCACCUAGAGCACCAUAGGUACCAAGGUGAUGAAAAGAAAGACACAGAUAUUCCCACUUAUUUAGAGGCCAAGCUCUUCUGCAACACGUUUGGAAAAUUUUGUUGGGUGUGUCUCCAACCAUUUUUUUAUGCACUGCGCCCUGUUAUCACUUACCCCAAGCCACCUACUGCGAUGGAAGUGUACAAUGUCAUCAUUCAACUUUCAUUUAAUGCAUUUGUGUAUUAUUAUCUAGGUGGCAAGAUCCUUGUGUACAUGAUCGCAGGAUCAUUAAUGGCAAUGGGAUUGCAUCCAGUUGCUGGACACUUCAUUUCUGAGCAUUAUAUGUUCAAGAAAGGUUAUGAAACAUAUUCUUACUAUGGUUGCCUCAACUGGAUUACUUUCAAUGUUGGCUAUCAUAAUGAACAUCAUGAUUUCCCUGCUGUGCCUGGAUCACUUUUACCCGAGGUGAAGAGGAUAGCACCAGAAUAUUAUGAAAACUUGCCACAACACAAUUCCUGGGUUAGUGUGCUGUAUGACUUCAUAACAGAUCCUGACAUAGGACCAUAUGCUCGUAUAAAGAGAAAGAGUAGAGGAUUGGAUUCAUAAAUUAGUGGGGUGUUUUUUGUAAAUAAAUAUCAAAGAACAGGAAAGAUAAUGAUGGUUGUAAGCCAAACCAUUCCUGCAACCAUAGUCUGUCACGUUGGAUACUGAAUUGGUGCUGUAGCAAGAUCUAAAUUAGAUAUUUGAAGUAUAAAAAUAUAAUGUAUUUUUGUCAAAACUUGUGCAUUAAUUUGAAGUCACUGUGGAAGUUUAUACUGUGUCUGUAGUGCAAAAAAAUUUUUAUAGGAGUAAUGUUGUAAAUUAUAAUAUUUAACAUUGCUAAAGGAGAUUGGCUUUUGUAACAAAAUUAAAACUAUAUGUCAAUGCAGAUGUUUUACAUCUAUGAAGAAAAUAUAUGUAGUUACAGGCUAAUUUCUGAAAAUGUCUUACUAUUAUCCUGCAAAUGACAAUGGAAUUAAAUGAGACUCAUUUCACUACUUCUGACAUCUUUAAAGUUUCUGUUCAAUUAACCUUUAUGCUAUCUUUAUUUCAUGUAUUUACUUCUACAUUUUCAUCGCAUUUCUUGGGUUCACACAAACACUUCAAUAUUUUUUCCCAGGCAGGUGAUAUACUUUGUGUCAAACUCUGUACAUGAAACUUGCUCUUCCAAUGUAUAGACACUAAUGAGAACAAAGGCUUACAAUUUCAUGAAAUUUGGUUGAAACAUUUUAGGCAUAAAAAUAUUCAUGCUUUCUUUUCUAUUCUUCUGUUCCUUUUCUUAUCAAGUCAGUAAAGUUAACUGUGAUGUUGAAUUGCUCUUCCAGUGCAGUAAAAAUGCACUAGCAUUGCAUUUCUAUAACCUAAAGUAUGUGUUCCACUAAACAAAAUAAUUUUCUUCACUGUAUUUAUUUAUUAUAUUAUAAAUUGUUAAGUUACCUAAUUGUAUGCAUAUUUUGAUCAUCUGCUUCCAUUUCAAAUAAAUAUUUCUUUAGUGAAAAUUCUUCAUGUUAAUACAUUUUUGAAGUAUAUGCAAUUGAGUAUAAAUGAAUUAUAUUGAAUUAUAUUAUUUGUAAAGAAAAAGGGAGGAAUGAAGUUAAAUUGAAAUUAAAAUUAAAUAAUAUAGUUGCUAACAAUUUUGAGCGAAGAUAGAUUAUUGAGAAGAGCAGUCUGUUGAGCAAAUAUGGAUUAGCAUAUGGUAUUUUUGAAAUCAUAAUGUAAAUGUGAAUUUUUCAUUUUACGUUGCAGAACCCUACUAAGUUUUAAAAUUUGACAACUGUUCUUUGAUAUUAGAGAGUAAAGAAAUUGAGGGUAUGCAAAGUUGUCUGAUCGGAAAGUGAAUUUUCAGAGUAAUUUAUACAGUAUAAUUUUUCGUGCCCACCUUGUAAUUAAAAUUUGAAUAUGCAAAGUAAAGGCCAGUGUAAGUUAUAACUUAAUUUUUCUGGGCACUGAACUUUUUUAAAAUAUGUACUGAACCUUGGAGACAUUUUGAUUUGUGUAUAUUCUCUCAAAAUUGUUGUAACUUCUGUAAGUGGAUUAAUGUAUUAUAAAAGUGUACAUUUAUUAAUCAUUGCUUUUGAAUUUAUUUCAGUAUUGUAGUAUUAAUACUAAUUUUUAUUGUAAAUGUUUACUAUAUUAUGAAAAGUGUGUUUUAGUGGAAUGUAAUCAAAUAAUUUAUCAAUGAUCAUGAUUGAUUUUUGUAGUAGACCCAUUGUGGAUAGACAAAAAGAUCUGAUGCAUAUAUGUAUAGUGAUAAUGAUGAAUGAUGUUCUAACAAUACUUUACCCUGUGGUUUUAAAUUGAUUUGAAAGCACAUUAGACCAAGACGUUUAGGGGUCACAGAGACUAGUACUAUUGAAAUAAAUUAUGUUAUUUACAAAAUAUUUCUUUUCAAAUGAAGUUUUUAAUAAUCUAUUGUAACUUACUAAUUUUUGUAUGUUGUAUGUGAUUUUGUGUCUCUUUCAUGUAAUUUUACAUUUCAUAAUGCUGCAGAUGGAUUCUCUAGUUCUGUUUUGACUUAACUGUGUUAAAAUGAAAGCAUGCAUGGUUGGCAAUUAUUGUAUUACUAGUUUAACAAGUUUGCCAAAGGAAGCUGUGAGGAAUAAAUCAGUUAUCCCUUUGAUUAAUAGUUGUUACAUAAAUAUGUAUUACAUCAAGAAUUCGUUAAAUUGAAAUAUCUUUUGUAUAAUUUGGCAUUAUAUCUUGUGUCAGAGGAGUUAAAUGUUGAUUGCUGGCAAGAUACAGUCUCCGGUCCCUGGCUUUUUUGUGAUAAUGCUUUAACUGCUAACAAAGAGAUGUGCAAAAUUCACUAUAGUUUGUAUUGUUACUGCUAAAUAACAUUACACUGCUGUAAGGAAAAUGUGUUAAAUGUGAUUUUGCUUACGUGCUUUAUUGUUGAUGUUUUGUUCUGAAUUGGGACCUUUUGUUGAAGGCUUAAAUAUGAUGUGCAGUUAUUAAUAUUUUAAGUAUGUUUCUGGUCAAAUUAUAUUGCUCAAUAUUCCCCUUUGUUAGGGGCCAAAGUAAUGGUGGAGUGGAAGUUGACAGUUGUUUCUCUUUUUAUAUAUUUUGUCCUAACCUUGUGAAAAAAUUAUGGAAGAUAAAAGCAAGUAAUUUGAUGUUUCUUAAGCCAAUAAAUUUCAUAUUAAAAUAUUUUAUGUAGUAUCUUGUGUGCCUUGAAAAUAAACUGCAGUUGAUGCAGGUUCUCUUGUAGAUCUUGAGAG